GGUGAUUCAGCUUUGAUGGGAUGUGUUGUCCAGACCGCGGGACAGAAACAUGUGGUCAAAGUGGAUUGGAUACUCUCAAAAGGGGAAAGUGCUAAGGAUGAGUACGUGCUGUACUAUUACUCCAACCUUAGCGUGCCUACGGGGCGCUUCCAGAAUCGUUCGCGUUUGGUGGGGGACGUCUUGCAAAAUGAUGGUUCUCUCCUGCUCCAAAAUGUUCAAGAGGCUGACCAGGGAAACUACACCUGUGAAAUCCGCCUCAAAAGUGAGAGCUUGGUGUAUAAAAAGUCCGUGGUGCUGUACGUGCUGCCAGAGGAGCCGAAAGAGCUCACAGUCCACGUAGGUGAUUCAACUCAGAUGGGAUGUUUUUUCCAGAGCACAGGAGAGAAACGGGUGACCAAAGUAAACUGGAUGUUUUCUUCAGGAGAACACGCCAAGGAGGAGAUCGUCUUGCGCUAUGACGUCAACAUGUAUAAAGGGUACUUCUGGAACCAGGGCCGCUUCCACGACCGUGUAAACCUGAUGGGCGACCUCUCCCACAAUGAUGGCUCGAUCAUGCUUCAAACAGUGAAGGAUUCUGACCAAGGCGUCUACACCUGCAGCAUCUACCUGGGGAAGCUGGAGUCCAGGAAAACCAUUGUGCUGCGCGUGGCCCAGGGCAAGUCUCAAUUGUCAUUUUCAAAGACUCCUCCACCUGAAGGGAGUCGGCUCGUGAUUCUGGAUGGCAAUCAGGUGGUGGUGAUUGUGGGGAUUGUCAGUGCCACCCUCCUGCUGCUUCCUGUUUUGAUCUUGAUUGUGAAGAGAACCAAGUGCAACAAGAGCUCAGCGCAUUUGAUAGCUUCCGUGAAGAACCUGGAGAACAAAGAGGAGACUAAUCUUGAGAAACAUGUCUACUCCUCAAUUGCUACAUGGGAGGCAGAAGAGAAAGAACCAAGUGGAGAGCCAGAGGGUACCUACAUGAUCAUGCACCCAGUUUGUCACUCUUCCUACAAAGCACCCAGUUCGGCACUCUCUUCUGUCCGAUCCAAAUAAUGCAGCUGGGAAAAACGUCAGCUUGGGGAAUUCCCAAAGCCGGGCAAACUUUCUGAGAAGAAAGGAGGGGGUACUUCAUUGUGGCAAUGGCAAAGACUCUAUUUUUGGUGGCCCCUGAGCUACCGUGCCAGCUAUUUCAGACUUCUGUUUCCCAGCUGGUCUCGGCCUCCGUCAAAGGCCUGAAGAUGGAAGGCUUGGAGUCUGGCAGGAAGACUGAACUCCUCCAGAUAACCAGGCACUG